AAUGUUUGUUUCAUUUUAAUUUAUAAUUUAAGGAUUUUUUUUUUGAGAAAAUGGGCAAAGAAAACUGCUGCUGGGAAGAUUUAAAAGUAAAAAAAAGUGAAUGCAUUUUAUAAAUCACUUAAUCAUUCAUUUGUAUUUUUUAAAUAAAUGAGUUCCAGAGCCACAUUUCAGCAGCAGUAACAUCUGGGACUGAGUUUGGAGACUCCACCUCUGCUUGCAUUUCAGAAGGGCGACUCCUGUCAGGAUUCAUAGCAGGGGUGGGUGGGCCGCGCAUGCGCAGUGCGGUCCAUCCUUGGAUCUGCGGCAGGAAAGGCGCAGCGGAGAAAAAAAAAGAAAAAAAAGACGGGGGGGAGAAAUGUAGAGAAGAAAAAAGACGGUCAUGGACUCCUGCGGCUGCUGUAGCUCCUCUGUCGGACUGACUUCUGCCGCUGGACCGUAACUCCCCGUAUGUUGGGGGAAAGGAGGAGAAAAACGUCGAGGAAUGGAGGGAAUCUUCACUGAACUCUACAGGGUUAAACCACAUUAAAAAGUGAGGAUGGUGUUCAUUUAACGGAUACGCAGCCCUGUAUCCGCCACGCGUAAACUUUUAUUUAUUCCAUAUUUUUGUUAGGAGAUUUUUUUUAUCAUUAUUUUUUGUGAGCGGGAUGUCAGGAGCUCCUCCGGUUGACUGAGCCCCCGGCAGCGGGACACAGACAGAAGACGAUGGGAGAUGCGGCAGAUGACAGAGGGAUGAGAAGGACCUUCAUCGUCCCCGCCAUCAAGAGCUACGACCACUACGACUUCACCAGAGCCAAGAUCUCAUGCAGCCUGACGUGGCUGGUGGCCAAAGCGUUCGGCUCGGACGUGGUGCCAGAAGAGCUGGCUGAACCCUUCUACAAGGACCAGUACAACCAGGAGCACCUGAAGCCCCCGGUCGCCUGCCUGCUUCAGUCCGCCGAGCUCUACUGCCGCGCCGGCAGCCUCAUCCUGCGCAGCGAUGCCGUCAAACCUUUGCUGGGACACAAUGCCGUCAUUCAGGCCUUGGCCCAGAAGGGCCUGUAUGUCACCGAUCAGGACAGACUGGUCACAGAGAGGGACCUGACGUCCACGCCCAUACACAUGAGUUCUCAUCUGGCGCUCAUCGACACCCUGAUGAUGGCGUACACCGUGGAGAUGGUGAGCACGGAGAGGGUGAUGUCCUGCAUCAACAGGUACUCGUCUCCUGAAUCCCUGCACAGCGAGGCACUUUUCCAGGAGAUGCCCUACGACACCGAGGACGCAAUCGUCACCUGGAUCAACAAGGUGAAUGAACAGCUGCGGGACAUCCUCGUGGAGGAGCAGCGGCUAAAAGAGUCGUCCCAUCAGGAGGCCAACCCCACGACGCACAAAAUCAGCCUCAGUCAGGAAAAGGAAUUGAUCACACAAUUUCUGCUAAAGGCUCGGUACAGGAGGGAGCAUGCCCAGAAGAGCGCUCCAUCGCUCCCCCUGGUGGAGAACCUGCUGAAGGACAACACCGACGGCUGCGCCCUCACUGCCCUUCUGCACUUCUACUGCCCGCAGGCUGUCAGGAUGGAAGACAUCUGCCUGAAGGAGACCAUGUCUCUGGCUGACAGUCUGUACAACCUCCAGCUGGUGCAAGAGUUUUGCAGGAAUAACCUCAACCGCUGCUGCCACUUCAGCCUGGAGGACAUGCUCUACGCUCACGCCUCAAUAAAGAGUAACUACCAGGUGUUUAUGGCGGAGCUCUUCUGGUGGUUUGAAGUGGUGAAACCCUCGUUUGUCCAGCCCAGAGUCUUCAAUCCCAACGCCUGUGAGACCUCGUCCUCCUGUAGAGAAGUGGCUCCUGUGUCCAGUCCCAUCAAACAGAGUUAUGCAGACAGACCUUCAGGCCAAGAAAAUCUAUCUCCUGAAGGUGAAAUGAGAAGAUCCAGCUCCAUGUCCUUUGUGGAUGGCUGUGCGGGGACGUGGCCCAAAGGGAAACCCUCUUCCUCUCGGGGAAUUUCCUUUGAGAUUCCCUUAGACGGAGACCCGGCGCUGCUGCCCUGCGAAGCUCCUUCUCUGCGCGGGAUGAGCCGCUCAGCCAGCAGCGACGGUCUGGGGUUCAAAAUUCACUAUGCAGCCCGAGGAGGCAUGAAACGCCAACCCUCAGCCACGCCCGUCAGCGUGAACGGCCAGCACAUACCUGAGGAGGAGGAGGACUUCACUACCCACAAGCCCUUGGAGCGGAACAACACAUUUUCAAUUAAGAGUCAAAACAGGUACUCCAACGGGGUCCUACCAGACAACAGUAAACACCAUGGAGGCCACAUGAGCCCCUCAACUCCCCCAAGCAUCGAAGAGGCUCUCAAGAUCAUCCACGACACCGAGAGGCCUCAUGCCAGCCUCGGUGUUGGCGAUGGAGACAAUAGCUUCUUUCUCCACGGCGUGGAACCUUCACCGCCUUCAGGGGCUCAAGCUGCCGAAGACGACCCAGUUUCUGCCAAAGCACAUCUACACGACCGCGAUCCCAACUCCGCCUCCACCGACGAAGUGGAUACGGGAAUUCAUGUGCGAACCGAAGACAUCCAGAGCCUGGAUGAGGACUCUUCAUCUCUGAGAGAUUAUUCAGACAUAGACCCAGACUGUGAGGCCGUGACCCGCUCGUGCCCGCUGCCCGCCAGGCAGGAGCGAAGCCGAGACGGAGUCGGAGAGGCCAACCCAGAGGGCUCGAGAGGGACCGGUGAAGACAGAGACAGCCCCUGUGCCGGUUCAGCACCCACACUCCCCAGAUCACACACUCUAAGUCCCGCCUCGUCGGUGGGUGGAGCCGGAGGAGGCCUGGUGCGGAUGACAAGCUUCGCAGAGCAGAAGUUCAGGAAGUUGGAGGGAAGGAGCAGCGGAGGAACCACACCAGACAGCUCCGAUCUUAAUGUUCCAUACACACACAAACCCGUUUCUUCUCAGUUCUCCACACCUCCACUGCCAAUCACCUCCUCGGUAACUCCGUCACCCAGAGACCCCUCCCACCUCAUAGCCUCAGAAAUGAUUCAGCUCCGGAUGAAGCUUGAAGAAAAACGCCGAGCCAUUGAAGCCCAGAAGAAAAAGGUGGAAGCUGCUUUCACUCGCCAUCGCCAGAAAAUGGGCAGAACAGCCUUUCUGAAUAUCGUGAAAAGGAAAGGUGUGACAGCUCCUCCUGGUUCAGGGGGAGCUGCAACGGACUCCUCAAAGAGGAGCAGCCAGGCGAGCGUAGAGCAGACUGAGAGGUGCAAACCAGAUGGAGCCGCUCCAAAGUCUCCCUUUGAAGACGCUGGUGUGGCCCCGGGAGAAGCCGACCUCGCAGAAUACACUCGCUCCAUUGAGAGGCUGAACACGUCUCUGGGCUUCCUGCAGACCGAGAUGCAGCGCUUGGCCCAACAGCAGGAGAAGAUCAUGGCCAUGAGAGACACACCGCAGCAGUCCUGGGUCAUUUCUCCCCCUGCUCCGUCUCCACACAGACAGCUUCGGGAGCUGCGUAGCAGCAGCGUAACGAGUCGAGGGUCAGGUCGAGGCUCUGUUGGGUCUUUAUCUCCCAUCCUGUCCUCCUAUGGUUCUCAUCGGGCCACCAGCCAAGCCCCUGCUGGCAUCAAGCGACGGCCAGCCUCCUUCCACGCCAGAACACCCCGAACUCCUCGUCCGAACGAUGUAAAGGUCACCCCCUUCAGCCGGAUGCUCAACACCCCCACCUCAGUGGACAGUUUACCCCGACUGAGGCGCUUCAACCCCAGCCAAACCCAGAGCAGCUCGUUUGCCUAUCUGGGUCACAACGAGCGGCCUGGAGAAGUUAAAGACAGCGCUAAGAGCAAAGAGGAAACAUUAUUUAACGCAGGAGAGUCAGCCAAAGAAAAGGAAGAGGAGAGGGCGGAGUCUAACAGAGACGUCCAACAGCCUAAAACAGCAGAGGUGUUGCACCAGCCGGUCCAAAGUAACACAGACAGACAGGUUCAGGGAGAACCCCAGGAGAGGAGCGACCUGGUGGAGGUGCCUCUGUCUGAGCCGAAGCCUCCUCUGACGGCUGGAGAGGGAGACAUGGGAGGAGAACAGUACAGAGAAGACCAGAAGAUGUGCUGCGGAUUCUUUUUUAAGGAUGAUGAAAAAGAGGAAAAAGACAUGGCAGCCAAGAAAGCGGCUCUCCUGGAGAAGAGGCUGAGGAGAGAAAAGGAGGCGCAGGAGAAGAAGCAACAGCAGGAGCUGGACCAGGAGCAGAAGAAGGAAGCAGCUCGGUUAAAGGCGGAGGAGGAGCAGCAGAAGAAAGACGAUGACAAGGCAAGAAAAGACUACAUCAAGAACGAAUACAUGAGAAGAAAGCAGCUCAAACUGAUGGAGGACAUGAAUGAAGUCAUCAAGCCUCGGUCAGGAAGUCUCAAGAAAAAGCCCCGCCCCAAAUCCAUCCACAGAGACGUGGUGGAGUCCUCUGCUCCGUCCGUGAGGCUGACAGGGGUGCGUCCUCGAGGCUUCUCCGUGUCGAGCGUCUCUUUGGCGUCACUCAAUCUGGCUGACAAUGACAGAGAUCAGUCAGACAAUAGGAAGAACAGCAGAGGCAAAAAGCUAGCUUCUGACCAUGUCCCGUUUUAUUUAAGCUCUCCCAAAGAACGAAAGAAAAGGCCGGACUCCGCUGAAGGCUUUUCCUCGUGUCCUUCUGCUGGAAGUCGUAAUGGAGAGAAAGAUUGGGAAAACGACUCCACAACCUCCUCCACUCCCUCCAACACUGAAUACACAGGACCUAAACUGUAUAAGGAACCCAGUGCUAAAUCCAACAAACACAUCAUCCAGAACGCUUUGGCUCACUGCUGCUUGGCUGGUAAAGUCAAUGAAGGACAGAAAAACAAGAUACUGGAUGAAAUGGAAAAAUCCGAGGCCAAUAACUUCUUGGUGCUCUUCCGUGACUCGGGAUGCCAGUUCAGGUCCAUCUACACAUACUGCCCCGAGACGGAGGAGAUGACCAGACUGGCCGGCAUCGGUCCCAAAAGCAUCACGCCCAAGAUGAUUGAAGCUCUGUAUAAGUACAACUCUGACAGGAAGCAGUUCAGCCAGAUCCCAGCCAAAACCAUGUCCGCCAGCGUGGACGCCAUCACCAUCGCCAGCCAUCUGUGGCAGACCAAGAAGCAGGGGACACCUAAAAAGCACCCAAAGUAGCCCCCAGACCGGGGCACAAUAGGAAUAGACACUAGACUUUUUAUUAUUGCAAGGACGCACAUCAGAUGUUAGGAAGCUGACGGUGGCGCUGCAGGUGUGUGCUUGUCAGCAUGUCAGUCGAUGUUCUCGUGUGCCAAAAAAAGAAAACAGGCGAGUCAUGCCUUAACUAGUUGAACCACUGAAGCACUGAAUGUCAGGCCUCUCUGAGGCAGUUUGGGUUCUCUCCGUUGAUCAUGUGUGGCCUUACGCUUGUUUUAUGGAUUCAUCUACAGUAUUGGUUUUCCUUUGUCUGUCUUAGUGUUAACACACAUCUGAGGUCAGAUUUUGUCUGUGCAUCGCUUUGAUGAGAUCAUGUAUGUUUGCUUUUGUACAUGUCACUGAUGGGCUAAUAAAAAAGCUCCAGCUUC